AUGAUCGAGAAUGGUAAAGAGGUUCCUCUACUAGUCGCAGAUUCAGUAGUGAAUAUUGGUGAUAUAGAAAAGGUGACCCGUAGCGGUCAUGUGUUUGGUCCAGUUUUUCCAAAAGAGAUAGAAGAUGUUUCCGCAAGUAAGAAGGUAGAGAUUCCAGUGAUGAAUCUGUCACGCAAGCAUUCUCUCAAAGAAACUUUUCAUUUCGCCUCUAAGAUACUCAUCAUGUCUCAACAAUCCAACCCAUCUUCCUCCAAGAACAUGUCUGAUUCCUCUAGCUCUGAACCAAGCAACCCUAACAAAGAAGAUCAUGUUGCUGACUCUGCGAAUACCUCACAUGCAAGAAGACCUAAAGAAACUGUAUCAGGCUUCUCCUCAGCCAUCGCUCUUGAGGAACGAACCAGAGAAGGUUCCGGGUAUGUUCACAAUGCCAUUGCCACUAUGGUGACUGGAAUACUCUCUAGUAAUCAUAAGGUCCUUGGGGUCUCCAUUCCAUUAAACACUAUUGAACCUGAUAGUGUUGCUUAUCAAGAAAAUAUUGAGUCUUUAGGAAAGAAUAUCUCUGAUGAUGUUGAGCAAACUGAUGAUCAUAAGGAGUCAAAUGUUGACAAACCCUUAGAUAAUGUGGCUGGUGAGGAAGUUCAUGUCACUCAUAAUGUCAGUAACAACCCUAACUGUGAGGCUGAAACAGUAGACCUGGAGGAAUUUUCUGAUAAUGAGUCGUUGUCCUCAGUUCUCCCUAGCAUAGCCAAAAGGGUUAGGACUAAGAGAGAAAAUAAAACAGUGGCUCAAAGGUCCCCCAGAAAGAAGAUUGAUGUUCCAACCUCUUCCAAGACAAAGGUGGCAGUCGAGAGCUCCCUCAAGAGGAAAGUUCAUGGUCCAACCAAAUCUUGGAGCAAAGGGAUGCCCAAGAAAAGGAAGACCAAGUCUGUUAUUGUUGAGUCUGACUCAGAUGUUCCAUGUGAUGUCCCUGACACUCUGUCAAAGAAGAAGCCAACCACAAGCAAGCUUGUAUCUAGUGUCCCUGAGGUACCAAUUGACAACAUAUCUUUUCAUUUUGCUUCAAGUGUAAACAGGUGGAAAUAUGUUUAUCAGAAGAGGUUGGCUUUGGAAAGGGAAUUAGCUCAGAAUGUCCUAGAAUGUAAGGAUAUUAUGGACCUUAUUCAAGAGGCUGGUUUAAUGAAGACUGUGACUCAGUUCUCAAAGUGCUAUAAGAUGUUGGUAAAGGAAUUUGUUGUCAAUUUGUCUGAAGAAUGUGUUGAUGGGAAGUCUAAGGAAUUCAGGAUAGUGUAUGUGAGAGGCAAGAGUGUAAAUUUCUCUCCCUCAGUGAUCAACAAGUAUUUGGGAAGGCCUGAUGUGGCUCAACCUGAGCUUGAGGUGAUUGACAACAAAAUCUGUCAAGUCAUCACUGCUAAUCAAGUCAGGAAGUGGCCUCUCAAAGGAAAAUUGGUGGCCAGCAAACUGGGUGUCAAGUAUGCAAUGCUGCACAAGAUUGGAGCUGCUAACUGGGUGCCCACCAAUCAUAAAUCUACAGUUGCUUUUCCAAACAUCUUAACAGAGAAUGAUUCUGUGAAGAAAAGAGAAAGCCCUAUGUCCUUCAGUUAUAAGUUGUUCCUAGGUACCCAUGUUCCUGAUAUUGUCAUGACAACAGGUGAGACAUCACGUGUAAGCAAUCAACCAGGUAAAGCUGCUGUCAUUGCAAUGCUCAAAGAAACUUGCAGGGAGUUAGAGGCAAGGAAGCUGAACUUGGAAAAAUUGAUUAGCACAUUGGAGAUGACUGAAGGUGAUGUGCUUGGUGAAGCUACUACUGCUGCAGAAGGAGCUGAAAGACAAGGUGAAGAGGGAGAAGCAGAUACCAGUCCUGAUGAUGGCACAAAUGAUGAUGCUGACUCUGAGUCAGAUGACUAG